AUGGGAGACAUAAACAUCUCGACCAUUAGGCCCAAGACGGAAAUAACCCAUUUCUCACUUGCAAUUUGCCAAAAAGUCUCAAAGUUUGUGGGUUUAGAAAAGGAAAGACUUAAAAAAGUUUUCCUGAAGAGGAAGUUCCAAAAUCACCCGCCGAAGCCUGUGUUGCCAGAGCUAUCAAAGCCUGAACUUCCAAAUCCAGAGCUGCAACUAAUAUUUUCCGAAGCCACAGUUGCCAACUGUUCUAGAAGUGGAGCUUCUCGAGCCCUAGUUGUCAGAAUUUCCAAACCCAGAACUUCCUCACAUCCCAAAGAUUCUAAAGCUGAGUUAUCAAAAUUUCCAAACCCUAAAUUUCCCCACAUCCCAGAGAAUCUAAAGCCUAAGUUGCCAACUAUUCGUGAAGUGGAAGUUCCAAAAUUGCCUACAACUACAAAAGCCAAAAUAUUCUUGUAUCCCCGAAAUUUAAAAGCUAGAGUUGCCAACUAUUCCUAA